CUUCUCACUUUAGUUUGGCCUAAACUACAGUGACUUGCAUUAAACAUUUGAACACAUUUUAAAACCAAAUAACUUUUUUAAUGUUGAACCGAAGAACAUUAAAUUGUUUGGUACAAUAUUAAAAGAGUUAUUUCUGUUGUGAAAUGAGUCCGGAUAUUAAUAAAAGCCACUGUGUUUGAUUAAUUAAAGUUACUUUCGUGCUUGUGUAUUAUACAUUUACGAAUAUUGCAGGUGAAAAGAUAUAUUACCAGAACAUUAUGUACUGACAAAACAUUAUCAUUGAAAGAAAAGAUUUUGUUGGUUGAGGAAAAUGAUGGUGUAAGGACGUUGAUAUUAAAUCAUCCCCCUUCCCGGAAUUCUUUGUCUGUAGAUAUGUUAAAAUUGCUAUUGGAGAAUAUUAAAAGAGAUGAAAGCAAUAACAAUCUAAGGUCCAUAGUUAUUAAAUCUGGCAUAAAGAAUAUAUUUUCUGCUGGACAUAAUUUGAAAGAACUGACUAAUAGCGAUGAGAAGCUUCACAAGGAAAUCUUUGAAACGUGCUCGGAAUUAAUGCGAGCAAUCACACAAAGUCCUGUUCCCAUAAUCGCUGCCGUAGAUGGUGUAGCAACAGCAGCUGGCUGCCAAUUGGUUACUACGUGUGAUAUCGCUAUUUGUACCGAGAAAAGUGUAUUCUCUACACCAGGAGCAAAUGUUGGGAUAUUUUGUUCAACGCCCGGAAUUCCUUUGAUUCGAAAUGUAGCGAAGAAAACAGCAAUAUACAUGUUGCUCACGGGUUCUAACGUUACUGGUAAAGAAGCAUAUAGUACGGGUCUCGUCAGCAAAGUUGUGCCAGAUGAUAAACUCGAAGAAGAAAUCAAGAACAUCACUACAUCCAUAAAUAUGAAAAGUCGUUCGGUCGUACAUCUUGGGAAAAUGUUUUUAUACGAACAGAUGGAUCUAGAUUUGUCAACUGCGUAUUUCUUGGGAACUGAAAAAAUGAUCCAUAAUUUAAAACUGAAAGAUGCCCAAGAGGGAAUAAAGAGUUUCAUUGAAAAAAGAAAACCUAAUUGGAGUCAUAAUUACGAAAAACAUUAGUCUCCUUUGAUAUGGGCUAAUCAAUAUUUGAUAUAAGCUUAUAUUAAUGAUCGAAAUAUUAUUUUUGUACGAAAUAUCGUUAACUGCUAUUUUUAUUGUAUACAUGUAUUAAACUAUACUUGCAAUUGUUA